CUCUUCCAUUUGCGUCCUCCAUCACAACCUAUCCAUUUCAUUUAUCCCUGAUUUCCUUGAUCCAGCCCUUGCCAUGGAGGAAGGUACUAAAUCGAAGAAGACCGUCUUUGUGGGGGGAAUCGCCGAAGAUGUUGACGAAAGCAUGAUAUACGAACAUUUUUCCACUUUUGGUGACAUUAUCGAAGUACAGCUUCCUCCGGCUGUAACGAACUUCAACCAGCAGUCUGAGGCAAAACAUCGAGGCUUUGCUUUUGUCACAUAUGGUUCGUCGGCCGAUGCUCAGGAUGCCAUUGAUAAUAUGGACAUGAACGAAAUGCACGGCAAAGUCAUCAAGGUCAAUCUGGCACGCCCCAUGAAGACCCCCAUGCAACUAGGAGGAAACAGGGCGGUCUGGGAAUCAGAAGAAUGGCUCAAGGAACACGUAAAGCCUCUCGCGGAGAGUGGAGGAGUGCAACGCCGUACCACCCAGCGUGACAGGCCGGAAUCUGAAGACGCCAUGGAAGAGUGAUGCCUAUUCACUACGAUUACAGCACUAAAAGGCUCCGUCUCUAACGUACGUCCGACCUCAACCCUCGGAAAUAUCACUGAACGAGUUCCUGUAUAUGUACACGGACGAAGGACAGAAGCUUUGGCUGGCAAUCGCCGUUCUGCGUGGAAGGGUAGAUUGGGGACAAGGUUGACUACAUCCAAAGGUUACUACACACCGGUGUUUGUUGGUCUAUUAUAAGCCCCUUGGAUUGUCUGCAUCAUCGAAUUGCGCUCGAGCACGU